CGUUCCGGGAGCGCGGACCGCAUUCCUCUUCAUUCAUGCCGUGCUAGGACUUCACACUCGGAAAGUGCGAGCGGAGCUUUACACAUUGCUGCCGAGAAAAUGUACGCAAGUUUGAGGUUUUACGCAUGGCAAGGAUAAUAAACCAAGGCAUCAAACGCACAAGGCUUGCGGCCAUGAUGCUGCAGAUGAUGGUGUAGACGACAGCGGCGUGCCGAGAGAGAGAGCAGAGAGGACACUGGGUCAAUAAGUCGCUCUCCUCACCGUAGACUGACAGACGCUGUCCAGGGUUUUUCAAGCCCCAAAGGUGAAACGCACCUGGCCGAACGCUUCCUCUCAGAAAGAUCCUAACCAUGCUGCCGUAUGGGAGGAAGCUCCUUUCUGCCUCUCUUCGUGAGGCCUUCCUUUUUCUCUUCUUCCUCUGUCUCCUCCCUCAACAUGGGGGGCUUGAGGUCAACCUCUCUUCCUUCCGGACCUUCGUCCCACCAGAGGGAGGGCUUACGCAUUUGGUCGUCCAUAACAAAACGGGUGAAGUCUACGUCGGUGGUGUCAAUUGGAUAUACAAGCUCUCCAGCAACCUGACUAAACUCCGAAACCAUGUGACAGGUCCUGUGUUGGAUAAUGAAAAAUGUUACCCACCGCCUGGUGUCCAGUCUUGCCCUCAUGAGCUGUCGCAGACUAGCAACGUCAACAAGUUGUUGCUCUUGGAUUCGGGGCAGAACAGGCUCAUCGCAUGCGGCAGCACUUCGCAAGGUAUAUGCCAGUUCCUGCGACUGGAUGACCUCUUCAAACUGGGCGAGCCGCAUCACCGCAAAGAGCACUACCUUUCCAGUGUAUCCGAGGCAGGGACUAUGUCAGGAGUGGUUAUUAGCGGAACCCAAGGUGAAGACAGCGGGAAAUUAUUUGUUGGAACGCCCAUCGAAGGCAAAUCCGAGUACUUCCCCACCCUCUCCAGUCGCAAGCUGAUGGCAAAUGAGGAGAACGCUGAUAUGUUUAGCUUCGUCUACCAGGAUGAAUUCGUCUCUUCGCAGCUCAAGAUUCCUUCUGACACACUUUCCAAGUUCCCCACUUUCGACAUCUACUACGUCUACGGUUUCAGCAGCGAGCAGUUCAUCUACUACCUAACCCUUCAACUGGACACCCAACUUACCUCGCCGGAUGCCAGCGGUGAACAGUUUUUCACCUCCAAGAUUGUCCGCCUCUGCGUGGACGACCCCAAGUUCUACUCCUACGUGGAGUUUCCCAUUGGCUGUACCAAGGACGGAGUGGAAUACCGACUGGUCCAAGACGCCUACCUCAGUCGGCCCGGUGCCAAGCUGGCACGAUCGUUGGGUAUCUCUGAACAUGAGGAGGUUCUGUUUACCGUUUUUGCUCAGGGCCAGAAGAAUCGGGCCAAGCCGCCGAAAGAGUCAGCGCUGUGCUUGUUCACGCUGCGUAAAAUCAAGGAAAAGAUUAAGGAGAGAAUUCAGUCUUGCUACAGGGGAGAGGGCAAACUGUCCCUGCCCUGGCUGCUCAACAAGGAACUGAAUUGCAUCAACUCUCCGCUGCAGAUUGACGACAACUUCUGCGGCCAGGACUUCAACCAGCCUCUAGGGGGCACCACCACUAUUGAGGGGAUUCCUUUGUUUUUGGAUAAAGAUGACGGAAUGACAUCCGUCACGGCUUAUGACUAUCGCGGGCACACUGUGGUCUUCACGGGCACCCGGGGCAGCAGGAUGAAAAAGCUCCUGGUGAACUCCAUUACCCAGCCUGCACUUCUAUAUGAGAACGUGGCGGUGAGCGAAGGGAACCCAAUUUUGAGGGACAUGCUUUUCAGCCCUGACCAUCAAUAUAUCUACACGCUCACAGAUAAAGAGGUGACCCGGGUGCCGGUGGAGAACUGUGAGCAGUACAGCAGCUGUAGUGAGUGUCUCGCUUCUGGUGACCCCCACUGCGGCUGGUGUGUCCUGCACAGUGUUUGUGCUCGUAAGGACCGCUGUGAGCGAGCAGAUGAGCCUCUGCGUUUUGCUUCCCGUCCGGAGCAGUGCGUCCGGCUAUCUGUGCAGCCCAACAAUAUUUCAGUCACCAUGUCUGAAGUUCAGCUUGUUCUUCAGGCCCAAAACGUUCCCAAUCUUGCUGCUGGUGUUAACUGCUCAUUUGAGGACUACACUGAAACAGAGGGGCACAUUAUGGGCGGACGCAUCUACUGUCUGUCCCCCUCGGCACGGGAGAUCGCUCCCAUCACACGUAACCAGGGUGACAAGCGGGUGGUGAAGCUCCAUCUGAAAUCCAAAGAGACGGGGAAGAAGUUUUCCAGCGUGGAUUUUGUUUUCUACAACUGCAGCGUCCAUCAGUCGUGUCUGUCAUGUGUGAAUGGCUCCUUUCCCUGCCACUGGUGCAAAUAUCGCCACAUGUGCACCCAUAACGCCAAUGACUGUUCGUUCCAGGAGGGCCGCGUCAAUGUGUCUGAGGAGUGUCCUCAGAUCCUGCCCUCCACCCAGAUCUAUAUCCCUGUUGGGGUCAUGAAGCCCAUCACCCUCUUAGCCCGGAAUCUUCCACAGCCCCAGUCUGGUCAGAGGAACUAUGAAUGUAUCUUCUAUAUCCAGGGCAAAGAGUACAGCGUCACAGCUCUGCGUUUCAACAGCACCAGCAUACAGUGUCAGAAGACCAUGUAUGACUACGAAGGAAAUGACAUCAGCGACCUUCCUGUGGACCUCUCUGUUGUUUGGAAUGGAGAUUUUGUCAUCGACAACCCUUACAAUAUUAAAGCGCACCUGUACAAGUGUUACGCCAUGCGGGACAGCUGCGGAAUGUGUUUGAAAGCAGAUCCUCGCUUCGACUGUGGCUGGUGCAUCCAAGAGAAGAAGUGUUCGCUGAGACAGGAGUGUGCUCCUCCUGAGAGCAUCUGGAUGCACCCCAGCGCUGGAAACAGUCGCUGCGCACACCCGAAAAUCAUCAAGCUGCUUCCAGAGACCGGACCACGGCAGGGCGGAACCAGGCUCACCAUCACCGGAGAGAACCUGGGCCUGCAAUUCAGAGACAUUCAGACGGGCGUUAGACUGGGAAAAGUUCCUUGCCUACCUAUAGAAGAGGAAUACGUUAGCGCGGAAAGGAUCGUGUGUAUGCUGAAUGACGCCACAGGGUAUCGCGUACAGGAAGCACAGGUGGAGGUUUGCGUCCGAGACUGUCUGGCUGACUACAGGGCACUCUCACCCAGGGCUUUCACCUUUGUGACGCCAUACUUCACACGCAUCCAGCCCGCUCAGGGACCUCUCUCCGGAGGAACCAGAAUCACGAUCGAGGGGAACCACCUCAACGCCGGCAGUUCUGUUACGGUCAAUAUCGGUCGUCACCCUUGUCACUUUAAAAAGAGGACGUCUAAGGAGAUCGUGUGCGUGACCCCGGCCGGCCUUAACCCUGGAAGUAUUCCAGUCAUGGUGGACAUCGACGCCGCUGAGCUGAGAAAUCCAGAGGUGAAGUUUAACUACACAGAUGAUCCAACCGUCCUGAAGAUAGACCCGGACUGGAGCAUCGCGAGUGGCGGCACCCUGUUGACCAUCAGCGGCACCAAUCUGGCCACCAUUAAAGAGCCCAAGAUCCGCGCCAAGUACGGCUCAGCAGAGUCCUUCCACAACUGCACGGUGUUCAACAACUCCGUCAUGGUUUGUCUGGCUCCCUCCGUGGCUGAUUCUGAGCGAGGAUUCGCCGAGACGGGCAGCGGACCGGAUGAGAUCGGAUUCUACAUGGACGACGUCCACGCUCUCGUGGUGGUCAACGAGACGUUCAGCUACUACCCGGACCCCGUGUUUGAACCCCUCAGCCCUAAUGGCAUUCUGGAGCUCAAACCGACAUCUCCACUUAUCCUAAAGGGUCGCAAUUUAAUUCCAGCAGCUCCCGGUAACUCCAGGCUCAAUUACACGGUGUUUAUCGGAGAGACGCCGUGUAUUCUGACUCUAUCUGAGACCCAGUUGCUCUGCGAGUGGCCCAACCUCACCGGCCAACACAAAGUCACGAUCCGAGCAGGAGGGUUUGAAUACUCCCCCGGUAACCUGCAGAUCUACUCUGACAGUCUUCUCACCCUCCCUGCUAUCAUUGGGAUCGGAGGGGGCGGCGGUCUUCUCCUGCUGGUCAUCAUCGCCGUGCUCAUCGCUUACAAGCGCAAGUCCCGCGACGCCGACCGCACCCUCAAGCGACUUCAGCUGCAAAUGGAUAACUUGGAGUCGAGAGUCGCUCUUGAGUGUAAAGAAGCAUUCGCUGAGCUCCAAACCGACAUUCACGAACUGACCCAGGAGCUGGACGGAGCCGGUAUUCCAUUCCUGGACUACAGGACGUACGCCAUGAGAGUGCUCUUCCCCGGCAUUGAGGACCACCCGGUGCUUAAGGAGAUGGAGGUACGGGUUCAGGCUAAUGUCGAGAAGGCCUUAACCCUUUUCGGUCAGCUCCUCACCAAGAAGCACUUCCUGUUGACAUUUAUCCGCACACUCGAAGCCCAGCGCUCCUUCUCCAUGCGUGACCGUGGCAACGUGGCGUCGCUCAUCAUGACUGCACUACAGGGAGAGAUGGAGUAUGCUACGGGAGUCCUCAAGCAGCUGCUCUCUGACCUAAUCGACAAGAACCUGGAGAGCAAGAACCAUCCCAAGCUACUGCUCAGGAGGACCGAGUCUGUUGCUGAAAAGAUGCUGACGAACUGGUUUACCUUUCUCCUGUACAAGUUCUUAAAAGAGUGUGCUGGUGAGCCUCUCUUCAUGCUGUAUUGUGCAAUAAAACAACAGAUGGAAAAAGGCCCAAUAGACGCCAUCACAGGAGAGGCCCGAUACUCCCUCAGCGAAGACAAACUCAUCCGACAACAGAUCGACUACAAGACGCUGACUUUGCACUGUGUGAAUCCGGAGAAUGAGAACGGCCCGGAGGUGACGGUCAAAUGCCUGAACUGUGACACCAUCACCCAGGUGAAAGAGAAGCUGCUGGACGCUGUGUAUAAAGGAAGUCCUUACUCGCAGAGACCCAAAGCUGGAGAUAUGGACCUGGAGUGGCGGCAGGGGCGUCUGGCUCGGAUCAUUCUGCAGGAUGAAGAUGUCACUACUAAGAUUGAUAAUGACUGGAAACGGCUGAACACGCUCGCACACUAUCAGGUAACAGAUGGGUCUGUCAUCGCCCUGGUGCCAAAACAAAACUCUGCAUACAACAUCUCAAACUCCUCCACCUUCACCAAGUCCCUCAGCAGAUACGAGAGCAUGUUGAGGACGGCCAGCAGUCCGGAUAGCCUCCGUUCCAGGACGCCCAUGAUCACGCCCGACCUGGAAAGCGGCACCAAGCUCUGGCACCUGGUCAAGAACCACGACCACGCUGACCAGCGCGAGGGCGACCGCGGGAGCAAAAUGGUGUCAGAGAUCUACCUGACACGACUGCUGGCUACCAAGGGUACUUUACAGAAAUUCGUAGAUGAUUUGUUUGAGACGAUAUUCAGCACGGCGCAUCGCGGCAGCGCCCUCCCUCUCGCCAUAAAGUACAUGUUCGAUUUCCUGGAUGAACAGGCGGACAAACACCAAAUCACAGAUUCAGAUGUUCGGCACACCUGGAAAAGCAACUGUUUGCCAUUAAGGUUCUGGGUGAACGUGAUCAAGAAUCCUCAGUUUGUGUUCGACAUCCACAAGAACAGCAUCACGGACGCGUGUCUGUCUGUCGUUGCUCAAACGUUCAUGGACUCAUGCUCCACAUCCGAACACAAGCUGGGCAAAGAUUCCCCCUCCAAUAAGCUCCUCUACGCUAAAGAUAUUCCCAACUACAAGAACUGGGUAGAAAGGUAUUACUCAGACAUUGCACGUAUGUCUGCCAUCAGCGAUCAGGACAUGAGCGCAUAUCUCGCCGAGCAGUCUAGACUGCAUCUAAAUCAAUUCAACAGCAUGAGUGCCCUACACGAGAUCUACUCUUACAUCACCAAGUACAAAGAUGAGAUCAUGUCCGCGCUACAGAAAGACGAGUUGGCCCGGCGACAAAGACUGCGCAGUAAACUGGAACAAGUUAUCGACACCAUGGCUAUGACAAGCUGAGGACCCCUUCUUUCUCUUGGCCCCGCCCUCUCCAACCUCCUGGCCCCGCCCCAAGCCACUCCCACACACGCAUUAAGCUGACAGACUGCAAUGUCAGAAGCAGUACACUGGAGACCCCUCAGCCCAGGGUGGAAAUCCUCUUUCAUCACUUCCUUUGAACUCAACACACACACCUGAAUGUCUCCCUGGACGUGACGUCCAACUAAUAGGACUAGUUUGUUAUUCUUCGUAUGGUUUCGUAAUGUGUGUUGAGCCACGGUUGUGCGUGCCGUUACUCACCGAGGAUGUCUUGUAUUAUGAGCCUGAAGACCUUAAAGUCUACAAAAAGAUGAGAGCGGUGAACUUUCAUGAACUCCAUUUAGUUUAGAGCUUAAUUUUCGACGUUUUCCCCAGUUUUUUCUCUUUGGGUUGAUCAACGGACUCGCUCAAGACAGUCUCCUGCCACUUGUGUUACUGCUGAAUUUGCACAAUUUACAGGAACUACAACAAAUGAAAAUGAUAUAAAUAUAUAUAUAAAUGUGUAUAGAGAUAUAAAUACAACUGCAUUUUUAUACAAAAAAUAAGAGUGAAAAGAAGCGUACAAAGUUUUCCAUUUUAACAUAGAAAAGACUAAAAGAUGAAUUUGAUAUGUGAAGCAAAGUCUGACGAGAAAAAAACCUCGAAAAAAAUGUCCUGUGCCAUGUUUUCUUUGAAUGUUGUUUAGUGCAAAAACGAUUUUCUUUAGAUAAACUGUGCUAUGAUUUCAAUGUUACCCUAGUGACUGAAGAACUACGAGUGAAAAGAUGUGCAAAAAAGAACAAACGUGUUCCCGUGUGGUACCUCGUGUUUUUGGAGGGAACCGUCCUCACCAAAAGGGUAUCGUUGGUCAGUUGGUGGACGAACCUGUAUUUAGUUUGUACGCAUUUUUGUUGAAGCUUUAUUGUUAAUAUUGUUAAGUUUCAGCCACUUGACCACAUUGUUCGCUAUUCCGUGACUGUUUUUGGAGAAACGAACGCAAAACUUGAUUACGUUCAAUAAUCGCCCCCUUUUCGUACCAUUCCUCAUCAUUUAGUCGUCUGACAGAAACGGACGUGAGCACUUGAAUGAUAACUUUUUGCACAAAGCACAUCGGUUUAUAAUGAAGGAAUUAAGGUUGACGUUACGCUUCGCAAUUUGAUGUCAUACAAUUUCGAGAAGGUCUUUCUCAGCUUUUUUAUUUUUCGGAAGUGUGGUUCAAAGCAUGUUAAUGGUCCCCACUGCGAUGAAUGUGCUGAUUUGACCAAUUCCAAGAAACACGAACUUAAGCUAGAAAUGUAUUAUUGAGCUCACAAAGACUAAAUAGAAACUAUUGUACCAUGUUCUUAAACGGCUUUCCUAGCAGCAUUUUCGGAAGGUGGUGUUUUUAUAAAAUCUUUUUUAUUUAUUUUUCCGGUUUCGUUUUGAUCUCAUAAACUACUAGGAUUAAUCCUCAUGGCAUUCCCCCCCCCCCCUAUUUCGUUUUUCUCUCUCUCCUGUAUUUCAGUCCAUCAUGCCCAUCCGUCAAUUUACUACGAAGUUUAAUGAAUGAAUUUAAUGAAUUUUUCUGUUGUGAGUUGUGAUUGGUGACGUUACAAAUGUGAAUCUCUUCAGGGGUACGAAUUCGAUGAAGUCAAGCUCUUCCAAUCUGCUUAACUUUUCUUCGGCGUUCUGGUUGUUUUGGAGAUUCUCUUUAUCUUCUCUCUCGAGAACGUUGAUAACUUGGCGAGGGUCUGUAUCGUGGUGACGGGCUUUCAUGUGCUGCAGCAGUUCUCCAAAAGUCAGUCAUGUUCAAACAAGAGAAAGCCUCUUCUGCUUUCGCUUUCCACUGAGAUUAAAGCAGAAGACUUUCUGAGAUGUGAUAGAAACGUCUUUGAAAGAUUUAGGUCAGAAACCCGAGGAGAACGAGAGUGAGUCACACAAACUUCGAAAUUCCAUGUUUUCUCGCUCGCUUUACCUCGAUACAACCAGACAUCAGGGUUCAUUUCAGCUAGGAAAGUAAUAAAGAAUCAUUCUUUACAGAUUUCUUUAUUUUCGGAUCGUGCUUUAUGUUAUUGACUUUAUGCCAUUGCAAAUUUCUCCUAAUCGACUGGGAGCAGGUCUCCAGAACUCUUCCAUAGUAAAGACAAUCUCCUUUUACAUCUAGACACGUUCACCUGUAAGAUUCAUUCUUUUUUCUUUGCACAGAUCUGUCGAAGAAUAUUCGAUAUUUGAUUUGCUUGCAUGUUUGUGGUUAGCUCUCAUAAAUCUGAUCCUUUUAAACUAUUUGGAAAGAACUUUCAAUAAAUUAGAUAGACAGACUUCUUGAAAGUGAACAUUAGUACACUACUGUCAGACAUUCAGUUCUUUAUGCCUGUAAACUUUUGUUAGUAUCUUUAUUUCAUUUCCAGUAAAUUAGCUUGCAUGUUUCUACACUACAGGUGAAGCCACUUUAUUGGAAAAUACAAGCAUGCUAUUCUACUUCCAAAGGCUAAUUUUCCUUGUACAUCGGGAAAUUGACAGUCUGGCCGUGUUUUUUUUCUCUUGCAGUUUUGCAGAUGAAGAAAUCUUGAUGUGCUUUGCUUUGUGCUACUUUAGCAGAUGAUGGUGAUUGUAAAACAGCUGUUUGCAUUGUAAAGUCUCAGGACGUGUGUUUUUGAUGUUGUCUAUUCUCUUUCCAUUCAACUUGAUUUUUAUGGCGAGUGUUACUUUGAUUUUCCGUCGUUAUUUUGAUGUUUUCAAUGGAACAUGUGAAGUCUUCGGAGAUGCUCUCAAAUUUCCAGGAUGUUGAGGUGCAACGUAUUUAAAUGAUCGCCUCUCAUUUUUCAGCACUUGUUUUGGGAACGCUAACUUAUUUUGAGUACAGGAACAAAAAAUGAAGAGAAGAAAUGGCUUCUCUUCACUAGAUGAUGGGAAAAAGCUGAACAGAAGGUGUUUUAGAGAUCAAAGAGCUUUCGUUUCUGCACAGAGUGCCUUGUCAGCUCAUCUCUCGGCCGCCUCUGACCCUUUCAUUACCCACAAUCCAUCUCUUCCCUUCCGGCUCUCUAUCACCGUCUGACCACGCCUUCAAUCUUCAGCCCAAAAGACCGACCUCUCGAUCUCCGGUUUUUAAUUUCUGCUCAUGUUUUUUCCAGAUUGAAACUCAUCUUCGAAGGAUGAAUUAACUUAAGCGUAGGAACAAAAAUGUGAGCAUGUAGAUUUCCGAGAAAAUAACUCAAGAAUUUUAAUACUUUAUUAAAUCUGAUACCUUUUGAAGAGUUUCAGACUUUAAUCAACUGUGACAGGUUGGCUGUUAAACGCUCAUUAUGUAAAUAUUGUGCUCUUUCCUAUUUUGCAAAUUUAUUAUGUGUAAAUAAACACACGCAUCAAGGAGAGAUUAAACAUUUUUCGCU